AUGACUAGUAAGAGAGCCAUCGGUAACAAAGCCAACAGCAGUCCUAAAGGCCAGACCCCAGAUGAGAGCAACCGCCGCACUGACGCUAACUCCUCCGUCUCGGACCUUGCCAACUCCGUCACCAGCGACAUGCUCAUGUUGUCUCCGGGCUCUGAAGAGGAAGAACAUGAGGGUCCGGUGUGUGAGAAGCUGGGUCGAAUACAGUUCAGCGUGGGCUACAGCUUCCAGGACUCCACACUUACCAUGAAGAUCCUUAAAGGCCAGCAUCUACCGGCAAAAGAUUUCUCCGGGACCUCAGACCCGUUCAUUAAAAUCUAUCUGCUACCAGACAAGAAGCACAAACUGGAGACUAAGGUGAAGAGAAAGAACCUGAACCCUCACUGGAAUGAAAUGUUCCUGUUUGAAGGUUUCCCAUAUGAGAAGGUGGUCCAGCGUACUCUGUACCUGCAGGUGUUGGAUUAUGACCGAUUCAGCAGGAACGACCCCAUAGGCGAGGUGUCCAUUCCCCUCAACAAGAUCAAUCUCGCCCACAUGGAGGCAGUCUGGAAAGAGCUCAAACCGUGCAGCGAUGGCAGUGGGAGUCGAGGUGACUUGUUGGUGUCACUGUGUUACAAUCCCACGGCUAACACCAUCACUGUGAACAUCAUAAAGGCACGCAAUCUAAAAGCCUUGGACAUCGGUGGCACCUCAGACCCCUACGUGAAAGUGUGGCUGAUGCACAAAGACAAACGGGUGGAAAAGAAGAAGACCGUGGUAAUGAAGAGGUGUCUGAACCCUGUUUUUAACGAGUCCUUUCCUUUCGACGUUCCCGCUCACGUGCUGAGAGAGACCACCAUCGUCAUCACAGUCAUGGAUAAGGACAGACUCAGUCGAAAUGAUGUCAUAGGCAAGAUCUAUCUGUCGUGGAAGAGUGGCCCCGCAGAGGUGAAACAUUGGAAGGAUAUGAUGGGUCAUCCUCGCACUGCUGUUGCCCAGUGGCAUGCCCUCAAAGCUUAGUGGACCCACCCAAUAGCCCCGCCCCCAGAUUAAACCCACACCCACGAGCCCCUGUUAAUAUGCACAAGCUUGAACACGGGUACCAAAAGCCAUCCAACAUUUGCCCCGUUUGUGUCCUUUCUUUUAUGUGUGUCGACAGAUGGGACUCUCUUCUUCUUCACUCUUCUUUAUCUAGUUCUGACCUGUGAUUUGCACCUGCUUAGAUCCC